AUUUGCGGGUUUGCGGAGUCUUGUCAUUCGACCACGGAAAUUUAUAUGCCGCUGUGAAAAGUCCCGUCCAAUCGUACCCUCUCCCCGUUGUCAUCCACCAUCAUGUCCCCGUCCGCCGUAUACGAGUCUGCGCCGUCGAACGGAUCGACGAGCACGAGCGCGAUCCCCGCAGCCGUGCCCUUGAAGGGCAAGGCGCUCGUCAUCGGUUCCCCAGCCACUGCAGCAGAUGGGAGAUUCCAGACCCUUGUGACGGAGCUUGAGGCCAGCCGCCCGGUUGAGCGCCAGAUGUUAGAUCGCCUAGUGGAUGGAGCGACGACACUGGAGCCAUCGUCAUACGGCUCUGCGCACAUCACCCUCGCACCAACUGACUACCAGAACCUCCUCCCCCAGCUGCCCAGCUUGCUCUCGCAGCUGCUGUCCGGCCUGAGCCCACUGGGCACGCUCCACCUCCUCCACCUAACCGAGGCCUUCAAGACGCUCCCCACGGAGCUGACGCUCGCCGGCUUCAACGUCCUCACCCCCACCAUCACCCCCGACGGCGCGCUCAUGGCGCAGAAGCCCGCGCACGCGCCCGCCGCGGCGGUCUCCCUCGCCUCCCGCCCGCUCGCGCGCAAGAAGACGGACCCCGCGGCCAAGAAAGCACUCUGGUCCCUCUCCGCUCCCACGACGCCGAAGAUCGACGCGGACGCGCUGCUGACCGACGCCGACCGCGCGCGGCCCGCGGCGUGCGCGCCUGCGUCGGCCUCGGGCCCCAAGCGGAAGCGCGCGUGCAAGAACUGCACGUGCGGGUUGAAGGAGCUCGAGGAGGAGGAGGUGCGGAACAGCAAGGUGGUGAUGAUGAACGCGACGGGCGAGGGGCUCGUGGAGGUGUCGCAGGGCGAGAAGGAGCGGCUGGUGGCGGCGGCGAAGGCUGCGCCGAAGGCGACGAGCAGCUGCGGGAACUGCUACCUGGGAGACGCAUUCCGGUGUGCGAGCUGCCCGUACCUUGGCCUUCCUGCAUUCAAGCCUGGCGAGAAGGUCGAGAUCUCCCUCGGCAUGGAUGACAUUUAGAUUUCCCUCGUACCCUCACCCUCAUCACUGGCUCCUCGUAUGAGCCUUCUGUAUCUGUAAAAUGCAUUGUAGCUUUGUAGUCUGCUAUAUACCGCGAGCGUACGCCGCUGUCGCCCUUCUGCCUUCA